AUGGAGUUUGUCCUAUUGAUUCUGCUCUUGCAAGCCACUGUUUCUGGAUCUUUUCCUCUCUUCAACAAAAGCUUGGAAGAAAAUGAGUUGUUGUUUGCAGAACAAUACCUGGAAAGAUUUUAUGACUUCUAUGUAGAGAACACUCCAAAGACAAAAAUGAAUGUCAUUGAGAAUGUUCUGGAGAGUAAAAUCCAAGAAAUGCAGCAAUUCAUGGGGCUAAAAGUGACCGGAAAAUUGGACCCAUCUACUCUCGAUGUCAUGCACACUCGGAGGUGUGGUAUACCCGAUGUGCAUCAUUAUAGAACAACAUCAAGAAACCAAGCGUGGAAGAAACAUGAUAUCACCUACAGAAUCCAGAAUUACAUUCUUUCAUUGUCACAUGAGGAUGUUAACUAUGCUAUCCAGAAAGCUUUUCAAGUAUGGAGUGAUGUGACCCCCCUGACAUUCAGAAAGAUUCACUCAGGAGAAGCUGACAUUAUGAUCUAUUUUGCAAGCAGAGCUCAUGGAGACUUCUACCCUUUUGAUGGUCGAGGUGGAGUCAUAGCUCAUGCUUUUUUCCCUUCAGAUGGUAUUGGAGGAGAUGCACAUUUUGAUAAUGAUGAAAUCUGGACUAAAACCUCCAAAGGCACAAAUUUGUUUCUUGUUGCUGUUCAUGAGUUUGGUCAUUCCUUGGGUCUUUUUCAUUCCAAUGAUCCAAGGUCCAUAAUGUUUCCCACUUACAAAUAUGUUGACACCAACAAAUUUCACCUCUCAGAUGAUGAUAUACGUGGUAUCCAAUCCCUUUAUGGAGGCCCAGAAAUGAGACAACCCACACCACCUCCGGACAGCACAGACCCCAUUGUGUGUGAUCCCAACUUGAGUUUUGAUGCUGUCACUACAAUUGACAAGAGAACCUUAUACUUUAAAGACAGAUUCUUUUGGUGGACAUUUGGUAAAUCAUCACGGAGCUCUGUCCAUUUGAUUUCUUCCUUGUGGCCAACCUUGCCAACAGUCAUUCAUGCUGCUUAUGAAAUUAGAACCAGAAGUGAAGUUUUUAUUUUUAAAGAUGAUAAAUACUGGCUAAUUAAGAAGUUAAGACCAGAGCCAAACUAUCCCAAGAGCAUACAUACUCUGGGCUUUCCUAUGUAUGUGAAACAAAUUGAUGCAGCUGUUUUUAACCCAAUCACAGCUAAGACUUACUUCUUUGUAGAUAAUCAGUACUGGAGGUAUGAUGAAAGGAGACAGAAGAUGGACUAUGGCUAUCCCAAAUGGAUAGUCAAAAACUUCCCAGGAAUUGGACCUAAAAUCGAUGCAGUCUUCUAUUCUAAAAACUUCUACUAUUUCUUCCAAGGAUCUGAUCAACUUGAAUAUGAUGUUUUACACAAUCGCGUCACCAGAAGACUGGAGAGUAAUAGUGGCUUUGGUUGUUAG